GAAUAAAACCCGUAACCAGACAUCUUAACAAAGAGCCGUCAUUUUUGAGUGAAAAGGAGAGUUUUCAAGUUUCCUUGAAUGCGUCACCAGCCCUCUUGUCGCAGUUUCAUAACAAACCAUGGCUGCCCCGUGGGUCAGGCUUUUCUCAAAGGCCCUCACACAGAUUUCUCGACCAUCAUGGGGGGCAUGUCAGUGUGGAUUGAGGAGCAGGACCACCUCUGCCUCAGCUGUGGCUUCAAACCAGGCAGGUGGAGUGGUGUCCUUCCCUCCCCUUCAGACAUAUUCAGAGGAGGAGAGCAUGAUGAGGGACGCAGUAAGGAAAUAUGCUCAAGAGCGCAUUGCCCCGUUUGUGCCAACGAUGGAUGAAAAUUCUACCAUGGAUGAAGAAGUCAUCAAAUCCCUGUUUGAACAAGGGCUUAUGGGGUUGGAAAUUGACCCAGAAUAUGGUGGCACUGGCUCAUCGUUCUUCUCCUCCAUCCUGGUGAUUGAAGAGCUAGCGAAGGUGGAUGCCUCUGUGGCUGUGCUCUGUGACAUCCAAAACACACUCAUUAACACUCUGUUUGUGAAACUCGGAACCCCGGCUCAGAAAGAGAAGUACCUCAACCGACUGUCAACUGAUAUGAUUGGAAGCUUCUGCCUCUCUGAAGCAGAAUCUGGGAGCGACGCUUUUUCUCUGAAGACACGAGCUGAAAAACACAAGGACUAUUACAUAAUCAAUGGAUCCAAGAUGUGGAUCAGUAACGCGGAGAAUGCAGGAGUUUUCUUGGUGAUGGCCAACGUGGAUUCUUCUGCUGGAUACAAAGGGAUUACCUGCUUCAUCGUGGACCGGGACACUCAGGGGCUUGAGAUUUGCAAAAAGGAGAACAAGCUUGGCCUGCGCGCUUCUUCAACCUGCCCCCUUAACUUUGACAAUGUCAAGGUACCAGAGAAGAAUAUUUUAGGAGAGGUCGGCCAUGGAUACAAGUAUGCUAUUGGAAUGUUGAACGAAGGCAGGAUUGGAAUUGCAGCACAGAUGGUUGGACUGGCUCAGGGUUGCUUUGACCAUACUAUUCCUUACACCAGACAGAGGGUGCAGUUUGGAAAGCGGAUCUUUGACUUUCAGGGCAUGCAGCAUCAAAUAGCUCAUGUAGCGACACAGAUCGAAGCGGCGCGUCUGCUGACGUACAACGCUGCCCGUCUGAAGGAAGCCGGCAGACCUUUCAUUAAAGAGGCCUGCAUGGCCAAAUAUUUAUCUUCCGAGGUUGCCACUCUAACUACAUCGAAAUGCAUCGAGUGGAUGGGGGGAGUGGGCUUUACUAAGGACUACCCCAUAGAGAAAUACUACAGAGACUGUAAAAUUGGAACCAUUUAUGAGGGUACAACAAAUGUCCAGCUAUCCACUAUAGCCAAGUUCAUUGAUAAGGAGUAUGACCACUGAAACCAUCAAGCCACAAGCUGAUUGAUCCCGUUUUGCUGUAACACUCCUGUGUUCCUGUCAUUUCUGUCAUGACUUUAGUAGAUUCAGCCCUGGAGUAUUGUAUCACUGUGGCUCUCAUCUAAUAGGGCUUUGUUGCAUCUCAUAAAGUAGUUCAUAUUACUAAUGUUACUGAUUUAGUGAAUUCUGUAUCACCAACCUUUAGGUUUAAAGUUGAGUUUCUAUUUUUUUUUAAUUUUACAACUAUUUUUCUGUACGAUUUGUCUACCAAAGCAGUGUAGAAGGACAUUAUGGCUUUCACUAUAUCAUGUCUCUCCCACAUUUGUUGCAUGUGAUGAUCAGUUUUGCAAGCCUAACACACCUAUGGGUUUGGAUAUGAGUUUGAAUGUUUGAAAACAUUUGAUCAAAAUAUUCUUCAGGUGAUUCAGUGCCUUCAGAGGAUUUUGUCUUUAACUGUUGGUUUGUUACAGUUCAGCCAUUUGCAGCAUCCUGUAGACUGACUGAUUUUACACCACAGUAAAAAUCACAAUAAAGAUGUGAUCUGUCUGUAUUAAAUGUGAAUUUUGCCACA